AUGGAGCCGAGUCGAGAAAGUUUCGUCUCACCUUCGAUGCAGCUGCUUCAAGGUUGUGGUGGGGAGAGUCUUACUUCAUGGACCCAUCGGACAUGGCCAAGCAGCCAGACCGGGUCCAAUGGUACCGGGCCUCAGAUCGCAGCAAGAAGCGGGCAGCGUUUUUGUGGAAAAGGCUGCGCGAGGCGCGGCCUGGCAAUGUGGAGGCAAAGGGCUAGCCAGAGGUUGUGCUUGACUUGGACCAGAUGUGCCAGCCUCGGCCAGCUAUGGACAGCGCUUGAAGGUUGGGGGUACUUGAUCACCCCGGCUGCAAGGCUUGUACUCUACAAGCCACCUCACUGGAAGGUGCAUUGUGGCAUCUCUGGCAUUCUCUGGAAAUACGUGUCGCUGGGCGUUGGUAGGUGGAAUUGCCGCCCAAAGGAACUCCAGAGGCCUUUCUUGGAUCACACAAAGGCCUCCAAAAAGAAGAGUGAGCAGGAAGGCCUCCACUUGCCAAGCUGGCUGAGGGACAAGGUGCGGAAGUCACGCUGUGCCCCGCAUUCCCAGCGACUGCCCUGGCCCUGGCCCUGCCUGGAGGUCGCCGGCAUCGAUCCAAAGCUUUUCGAAGAAGAGCUUCGGCCCAAGACUGGACUGGACUGGACGAAUGCGACCACUCGCCGGGCUCAGGUCGAACCCGGCUCUGUCAGGGACGGGCUUUGGUCCUCUGUCGCACCGCAUCGACCAGGCUUCCAGCAUGGUUUACGUCCGUGCCCAGUGCCUCCCACAUUUCUCCAUUCUCCACCGAGUGCCACAGAAACAUGGAACAUGAAGGGCAUGCAGUGA